AUGACUCUCAUGACCCCUCCUCCGUUAGAUCAACAAGAAGACGAUGAGAUGUUGGUCCCACACACUGAAUUUGCUGAUGGACCUCAGCCCAUGGAAGGUGGUGCACUUAAUUUUCUGUCUGUAUCACAAGCUGAAACAGCAACAGCAGUCGAUGCACAGUCAGUGGAUGAUCCCCCAUCAGCUAGGUUUACAUGGACAAUUGAUAAUUUUUCGAGGCUCAAUACUAAGAAGCUAUACUCCGAUGUUUUUGUUGUUGGAGGCUACAAGUGGCGGAUACUGAUUUUUCCAAAAGGGAACAAUGUGGAUCAUUUAUCCAUGUAUUUAGAUGUUGCAGAUUCAACGACUCUGCCAUACGGGUGGAGUCGAUAUGCGCAGUUUAGCUUGACUGUUAUCAAUCAACUUCACCAAAAAUACUCAAUUCGGAAAGAUGUGCUUAAUAUGCUGUUCAGAAGAAACAUGGUACUUGGUGGUUUCCCUGACAUUGACACGCAGCACCAAUUCAAUGCACGUGAGAGUGACUGGGGCUUCACUUCAUUUAUGCCUCUUGGGGAAUUGUAUGAUCCUGGGAGAGGGUAUCUUGUAAAUGACACAUGCAUAGUCGAAGCUGAUGUUGCUGUUCGUAGGGUUAUUGAUUACUGGUCACAUGAUUCAAAAAGGAGACUGGUUACGUUGGCUGUAUAUCAUAUGCCAACAACUGAGAAUGAUAUCCCUUCAGGGAGCAUUCCUCUGGCUUUGCAGAGUUUGUUUUAUAAACUUCAAUACAGUGACACAAGUGUAGCAACAAAAGAGUUGACAAAGUCUUUCGGCUGGGAUACAUAUGACUCUUUCAUGCAACAUGAUGUCCAAGAACUUAAUAGAGUUCUUUCUGAAAAGCUUGAAGAUAAAAUGAAGGGAACUGUUGUGGAGGGCACUAUACAACAGCUAUUUGAAGGGCACCAUAUGAAUUAUAUUGAAUGCAUCAAUGUUGACUAUAAGUCGACAAGAAAGGAGUCAUUUUAUGAUCUUCAGCUUGAUGUCAAAGGCUGUCGGGAUGUUUAUGCUUCUUUUGAUAAGUAUGUGGAGGUGGAACGUCUUGAGGGUGACAAUAAAUAUCAUGCUGAACAACAUGGAUUACAGAUAAAUGAUCGCUAUGAGUUCCCUUUGCAACUUGAUCUUGAUAGAGAUAAUGGCAAAUAUUUAUCACCUGAUGCUGAUCGCAGUGUCCGCAAUCUCUACACCCUUCACAGUGUUUUGGUUCACAGCGGUGGCGUGCAUGGGGGACACUACUAUGCUUAUAUCAGACCAACUCUCUCAGAUCAGUGGUUCAAAUUCGAUGAUGAGCGGGUAACUAAAGAGGAUAUAAAAAGGGCAUUAGAGGAGCAGUAUGGUGGUGAGGAAGAGUUACCACAGACAAAUCCUGGCUUUAACAACUCUCCCUUCAAGUUUACGAAGUACUCAAAUGCUUAUAUGCUUGUUUAUAUACGUGAAAGUGACAAGGAAAAAAUAAUCUGUAAUGUGGAUGAGAAGGACAUUGCAGAGCACCUCAGGAUAAGAUUGAAGAAAGAACAGGAAGAAAAAGAGCAAAAGAGAAAGGAAAAAGCUGAGGCCCACUUGUACACUAUCAUAAAGGUUGCACGCGGUGAGGAUCUACUUGAUCAGAUUGGAAAAGAUGUAUAUUUUGAUCUCGUGGAUCAUGACAAAGUUCGUAGUUUUCGUAUUCAGAAACAGAUAACAUUUAACCUUUUCAAGGAAGAAGUUGCUAAAGAGUUUGGUGUACCAGUGCAAUUUCAACGUUUUUGGCUGUGGGCAAAGCGACAAAAUCAUACAUAUCGUCCAAAUCGGCCACUGACUCCUCAGGAGGAAGCACAAUCUGUUGGACAAUUGAGAGAGGUUUCUAAUAAGGCAAACAAUGCAGAGCUAAAGUUGUUUCUGGAAGUAGAAGUUGGACAGGAUUUGCGACCUGUUCCUCCACCUGAGAAGACUAAAGAGGAUAUCCUUCUUUUCUUUAAGCUUUAUGAUCCGUCAAAAGAGGAACUCCGGUAUUGCCACUUACACUUGACUGUAGUUAGGAAUUACAGCCGAUUACAGUUGCUGAACUUCUUUGAUGACAGGUAUGUUGGGAGGUUGUUUGUAAAGGGUAGCGGCAAGCCGUUGGAGAUCGUGACAAAGCUGAAUGAAAUGGCUGGCUUUGCUCCAGACCAGGAGAUUGAACUAUAUGAGGAAAUAAAAUUCGAACCUAAUGUCAUGUGCGAACACAUCGACAAGAGGCUCACUUUUCGUUCUAGUCAGCUCGAAGAUGGAGAUAUUGUUUGCUUUCAGAAACCCCCUCAAAUUGGAAGCGAUGAACAAUGCCGCUACCCUGAUGUGCCUUCAUUUCUUGAGUACAUGCACAAUCGUCAGUAUAACAUAACAAUGGGGAAUGGGUUGAUGAUGAAAGCUAAUCCAUCAAGUUUUAUGGUUGACCUGCCAGGUCUUGAUUGGGCUUCACUGGGAUACCUGGUUGUUCGCUUUCGAUCUUUGGAGAAAUCAAAAGAGGAUGAGUUUUGUCUUGAGCUGUCAAAGCUCCACACUUAUGAUGAUGUUGUGGAAAGAGUAGCUCACCAUCUUGGCUUGGAUGACCCUUCCAAAAUUAGGCUUACAUCUCAUAACUGUUACUCCCAGCAACCUAAACCCCAACCCAUCAAGUACCGAGGAGUGGAUCAUUUGUCUGAUAUGCUGGUGCACUACAAUCAGACAUCUGAUAUUCUAUACUAUGAAGUAUUGGACAUCCCUCUUCCAGAACUUCAAGGCCUCAAAACAUUAAAGGUUGCAUUUCAUCAUGCUACUAAGGAUGAGGUGGUGAUUCAUACCAUCAGAUUGCCAAAACAGAGCACUGUAGGUGAUGUCAUCAAUGACCUUAAGACAAAGGUGGAGCUGUCUCAUCCCAAUGCUGAACUUAGAUUGCUUGAGGUUUUCUAUCACAAGAUCUACAAGAUCUUUCCACAUAAUGAAAAAAUUGAGAACAUUAAUGAUCAAUACUGGACCCUACGUGCAGAGGAGAUUCCUGAAGAAGAGAAAAACCUUGGUCCUCAUGAUCGUUUGAUUCAUGUAUAUCACUUCAUGAAAGAUACAACUCAAAACCAAGUGCAGGUUCAGAAUUUUGGAGAACCAUUUUUCCUGGUUAUUCAUGAGGGUGAGACUUUAUCUGAAGUCAAAAUGCGCAUCCAGAAAAAAUUGCAGGUUCCUGAUGAAGAAUUUUCGAAGUGGAAAUUUGCAUUUUUGUCACUAGGUCGUCCCGAGUACCUUCAAGACACAGACAUUGUAUCCAAUCGUUUUCAGAGAAGGGAUGUUUAUGGUGCUUGGGAACAGUAUCUUGGACUGGAGCAUUCUGACAAUGCUCCUAAAAGGUCAUAUGCUGCUAAUCAGAAUCGUCAUACAUUUGAGAAGCCAGUAAAAAUCUACAAUUAG